AAUGUCAACAAGGUUUGACGGACUAUAUGAACAUGUCAACAUGUGGUGGGCCGGUUAAUUGAAGCGGGGUUGAGCUACGAAUGUAAAAUAGAAUUUCGUGACACGCGUAAAAAGAGUUGGAGAAGAUACUGCGCAUACAUUACUGCAGAUAUGGCCCUGUUCGUAUUCUGGACCAGCGCUUUCAUCUUGUGUGUACAACCGUUGAUAAGUUGUGCUAAAGGCACUGUGGAAACAGCACUGAUUGACCCAUUUGACAUGGGAAGAAUUGAUGCUUCUAAGGAUCGAGAAACAAAAGAAUGGGUUGACCCAUUCGAUAUGACGUGCUACAGCCACGGAGAAAGGAAGAUGGUGAAAGAACGUUCUAAGGCGUGUAAAAACUGCCAGAGUGAAAGAAAUGGAAUGGAAAAGAAUUUUUUGCAAAGACUGGUUAAUUUGUUGAUAAAUCAUUGCCAGAAUGGUGCUGUGGAAGAUACUUCAAUACUUGUGACAGUGACACAGGACCAGUUACGGGAGCUUUACCGACUGAAGGAGGCUGCUGAUAGUGAAGCAACAGUUAGAGUGCUGAAUGGAAUAUUUUCGUACAUGACAGUACAUGAGAAAUCCAGCUUUUUAGCAGAUAUUUUCAUCUCAGAUGAGGUUUGGUCAAAUAUUGCUGCAAUGAGUUUUGCCCUUUUACCAGUUUGUGUAUUCCUAAUGGGUGGAACGAUGAGGAGAAUUGUGCUGAUUCUUGCACUUUCUAUUUUUGCUGUAAGUUACUUUAAGACUCAAAAACUACUGCUUAAGAAACUAGAGUUGCAGAAUGAACGCAUUUUGAUGAAACAGACACAGUGCAGCCCGCGUAGGCGAGCAUGGUUCAACUUCUUUGGUUCAGAUAAUGAAGCGGAGUGUUUAAAACAGCUACAUGCUCAGAAGAUUGAUCCUUCUCUAGAAGUUACACCAAUUCAAGUUGUUUCACAUAUGACAGCAGUUGGCUUGCUGCAGCCCAUGGAACACUUUAGCAUUAUGUUUUCACGUUUUUCGAACCAAAUAUUUGAAUCACAUUCGCUGCUGUACGGACUGUUUGUGUUCAUAAUUGCGGUUUUCGUUGUCAUUUACGUCAUCACAAUAUUCUGUGCUGGGAUUUUUGGUAGAAACUUCAGUGUCGGGAAUAAGCACAUCUCACUCGGAAUGAAAGGCAGCGCUGAACCGCACACUGAGAGGAUGCAGGCACUACUGGAACCUGCUGCACAAAAUCAGGUGGUUGGAAAACUAAGCACUGAAAUGGCGGUCAUUAACCGUGGACAUUCUCCUCAACCAGUGAUACAGAUAAUUCAUAAUUAUCCCAUUAAACAUGUUGAUGAGCCUGUUGUUGGAAGUGAUUGUCAAAUUAAGCAAGCUGCUUCUGAGAAAAACAUAAACAAUAGUGAACUGAAAUCGGUAGAUUCUGUGGAAGAAGCUCACAAAAUUUCUGAGAUAACACUAGGCAGUUCUAGUACAGAAGGUGAAACCUCAAAGACAUGCGAGUCAAAAGACAAAGAGAAGUAAGUAAAUUCUGUAUAAAAAUUUAAGUCUACUGUCCUGUAUGUGUGACUGUAUUGUUACCCAAAUGGUGUAGAUCACCCUAAAACAGUCCAAAAGUGCCUCCACAAAAGCCACUAUCAACAGGAUGUUGCAUUUCAGGCUAAAAUUUCAGAUACUUUAGAGUUGAAAGAACUUUCUGAAAUGCAUCAAAUUGCAUUGGCCGACAUUGGUAUUGGUUCAUGUCCGAAGCCUUUCAGUUUUAAUUGUGGAGUUGAAGCAUAUCUUUGUGCUAUGUAAGUUUUAUAAGAAGUUGUUCACUAAAUGAAUCGGAGAAAUUGUUGUAUGCAAUUUAACACAGAGUGCUAAAUUAUUAUUAUUAUAAGAAAGGUGUAUUCACAUUAGUACUUAUUAACAAAAUUGGAGGAAAGUCUGUCUGACGAGAUACUUUUAUUCCAUAAAUAAAUGCAUUGUUAUCUCUUA